AACAUUGUCCAAAUGAUUGAGUUGCACGAAAGCCCUGAUAUCAUGAUCAUCAUGCCCUACUUCAAGUGCGGGAACAUAGUGCAGGCCGAAGUAUACGAGGAAUCCAAGCUCGUGACCGCCUUCGGGCAGCUCCUUGACUGCCUCACAUUCUUGCAAACGCGAGGCAUUACGCACCGUGACAUCAAACCCGACAACGUGUUGGUGGAAGUGGCGCCACGCUUCAAGGUCACACUAAGCUACUUCGGUUUGUCCAAAGCCGUCACCGACACGACAUGGCUCCAGACCUUUUGCGGAACGCUCAAGUACACCGCGCCCGAUGUGUUCCCUUUCAGCCAGCUGCGCUACGGGCCAGCUGCUCAUGUGUGGUCCCUCGGUGUGAUGGCAGUCGAGUGGUUGUACGGCUUCCCGGCGUUGCCGGCGGUGCCCAACCCGGCGCAGAACGCGUCACCGGACCAGUGGCGUGCCGGGUCCCGGACCUGGGUCGACAUCCUGACGAAUCAGCUGGAUGACCAGGAGGAAGGCGCGGAUGUCGAGCUGCUGCAGGGCAUGCUGGUCGUCGACCAGACGAAGCGACUGAGUGCUUAUACGUGCCUCGAGAAGGGCCUUGAGAACGGCUUGUUUAAGCGGUGA